ACCUAGUGGAACAAGAUAAAACAAUGAUCGCCAAGAUUUUCUUUUACAUUACGCAUCCAUGUGUUUUUAUAAUCUUUUCACUUGUCUUGCUACACCUUGAGGCUACAACUACCAACCAAAAUAUAGCAGUGGGAGGAGAAGAAAAUGAUGCUAAUGGUGCUAUCAAAAAAUGUUCUGAUGAAGAGAGGCAUACUCUUCUUAAUUUCAAAUCACACCUUCAAGACACCGAUGGCUUUCUCUCUACAUGGAGAGAUGAAGAAGAUGACUGCUGCAGAUGGCGUGGAGUGACAUGCAAUACCCAAACGGGCCAUGUCACAAGGCUUGAAGUUGGACCGAGUGGUCUUGUAGGUAAGAUUAGCCAUUCACUGCUGAACUUAACCUAUUUGAAUCAUCUUGAUCUUUCCCACAACUAUCUUUAUGGAACAAUUCCCACGUUCAUUGGUUCCAUGACUCUACUACGUUACCUUAACCUCGCUGGCAAUAAUCUUAAUGGAACCAUUCCUAGAUCGAUUGGUUCAUUGACCGAAUUAAGUUUCCUUGACCUUUCAUAUCUCUCUCUUUAUGGAACCAUUCCUUUAGAGUUGGGAAACCUCACGAACUUACAAGUGCUUUCUCUUGGAUUUGUUGGAAGGUGUAGAGUUGAAAACAUAAAGUGGUUGUCUCAUUUAUCUGGUUUGCAAACACUUAAUAUGGAUGGGAUUUCAUUAGAUAAAGCAAACCAUUGGGUAAAUGUGAUUUCGAGUUUCCGAAAUCUAUCAUAUUUAAGUUUAAGGGGAUGUGAGCUCUCUAAGGUCAUGUAUCCAUAUUCUUCAUUUGUUAACUCUUCUUCAUCGAUUGUUUUCCUUGAUCUUGGAAACAACAGUCUCAACUCUUCCAUGUAUCAUUGGUUGUUCUCAUUAACUAGCAAUAGCCUUUUUGAGCUUGAUCUAUCUUACAACAUGUUAGAUGGGAUACCCAAAUAUCUUGGUAACCUCUCUAAUUUGGAAGUUUUGAAACUCGAGAACAAUUCUGCUGUGAUAAAAUUUCCUGAUUUUCUCAAAAACUUGUCUGGAUGCUCAUCCCUUACAUUAGCAUGGCUAUAUGCUUCAAGAAGCCAUUUUACAGGGUCACUAUCUGAUGAUAUCCAAAACUUUUCUUCCUUAGAAUUUUUGUACCUAUCUGAAAAUCAAUUAAACGGAACUAUAAGUGAGAAAUUGUGGGAACUACCCAUGCUUGGAAUCGUUGACGUCUCUUUCAAUUAUCUUAGAGGUGGUAUCUCUGAAAAGAUUGGAAAUUCGAAGAUUUUUGUUAUAGAUCUUUCAAGAAACUCACUCGAUGGAGUUCCUUCCACAGAUAACAUUUCAAGCCUUUCUUAUGUAGAGCAUAUUGAUCUGAGCUCUUGCAAGUUAGGGCCUCGUUUCCCCAAAUGGAUUCAAACACUGAAAAAUCUUACCAAUCUUGAUAUUUCCAAUACGGGAAUUUCAGACACAAUUCCUCUGGAGUUUUGGAACAUGUGGCCUUCUCGAUUACAUCAUUUGAAUCUCUCUUCCAACAACAUCAGUGGGAAAGUACCAGAUUUAUUAUCAAGUUUUGAUGAUAAUCCAGUGAUAGAUUUGAGUUCCAAUAGAUUUUAUGGUCCAAUACCGAAUUUCCCUUCAACUUUGAAAUCAUUAAAUCUUUCCAGAAAUAAAUUCUUUGGAGGAAUCUCUUUUUUGUGCCAACUUGUCCAUGGGUAUUUGGAGUUUCUUGACCUAUCUCACAACUUUCUAGCCGAACAACUUCCAGAUUGUUUGUGGCACUUCAAAGAACUAAAAGUUCUUAAUUUAGGAUACAACAAUUUGUUUGGAAGGCUUCCUACCUCCAUUGAAUCUUUGUUCAAACUUGAGGUGUUGUAUUUAUACAACAACGACUUCUCUGGAGAACUGCCUUUGUCUUUAAAGAAUUGCACAAGUUUAACCUCGUUAAAUUUGGGUGUCAACAAGUUUUCAGGUAAUGUGCCUAUUUGGAUUGGGGAGAAUUUAUCGGGCUUGUAUGUUCUCAUCCUAAGAUCAAACAACUUCUUUGGAACCAUACCUUCACAAUUAUGUCAAUUAGCAUAUCUUCAAGUUCUAGACAUGUCAAUGAAUAAUCUUCAUGGAAUCAUCCCCUCAUGUUUGGAUAAUCUCACAAGCAUGGUUCAAGAAGGGUUCUCAGAGAAACAAAAUAUACAAAAAUAUUCAAGUACUAAGAACACAACAGGUGUUGUUAAUCUUGCAUACAAUGGAAGGUAUGUUGACAAUGCAAUGAUUAAGUGGCAAGGAGACGAACGUGAAUUUAUCAAUAACCUACGAUUGUUGAAGAGCAUUGACUUGUCAAGCAACAAUUUAACAGGACAAAUCCCAUAUGAACUGACCAAUCUUUUUGAACUACUUGCUCUAAACCUAUCACAUAACGCUUUGUUUGGAGAGAUCCCAUGGAAAAUUGGUCAGAUGAAAAAACUUUUAACUUUGGAUUUAUCUAGAAACAAUUUUUCAGGAGGGAUACCAAUAAGCAUGUCUCAAGUGACUUUAUUGAGUUAUUUAGACGUGUCAUUCAAUAAUUUGUCAGGGAGAAUCCCAUCUAGCACUCAACUUCAGUCUUUCGAACCUUCAAGAUACAAUGGAAACAAAGAAUUAUGUGGACCUCCCAUUACAAAAAUUUGCCCUGGAGAUGAAGAAUUGGAAGUACCACCUGUUAUAGGUGAGAGUGAAGGUGGUGGGAAUGGAAUAUCUGAACUUUGGAGAUGGUUUUAUAUUGGUGGGGUCACUGGUUUUGCCACUGGAUUCUGGAUAGCAUGUGGUGCUUUACUUGUCAACAAUCGUGGAAGACAUGCUUUCUUUCACUUUCUUGAUAGCUUCAAAGAUCAGGUUUAUGUGAAUGUAGUUGUGUUUGUUGUAAAAUUACAAAGGGUUGUACGUGCGUAGUUGUCUAUAUCUAAUUCUUCUUUUGAUAUCUUGUAUUCUAGUAUGUAUUUUGUUUUGAACAAAACUAUUACCUUGUAUGAAUUCUAGAAUAGAGCACUAGA